GUCCUUCGCUUAAUCGCUCGUUCUGAUUAUCUGGUACCUGCCAUUUUAUUUUAAAAGGAAACAGCAAUUAGUGAACUUGCCCCUAUAAUUUCUGACCCAUCCAAUAAAAAAGGUUCGCCAUCCCCAAAUGACGUAAGCCUUGUUAAAUACUGUUUUCCUCCUGUUAUGACAGGUGCUGAGGGAAAUUGAGGGUUAUAUUUUGAAAUGAAGUUGGUGAUUUCCUAUUAUUUAGUGUUUUUUUUAUGUUGAUCAUGGAAGAUUCUAAGACGAGUUUGACGGGAUUUGUCGCAUGUGUUGGCCUCGUGUGUGUCGAUAUAGUGAAUACUUGUUCGAAAUUUCCUUCAGAAGAUAGUGAUCAGAGAUCACUGUCGCUCUAUUGGCAAAGAGGAGGUAAUGCAGCCAAUACUUGUACUGUACUUUCCAUUCUUGGGUCCAAAACAAAAUUUAUUGGAAGUGCACCAACUAUGAAUAGUGAUGAUUUGCCUUGGGGUCUUGAUGCCUCUAGAUUUGCUUUGCAGGGGUUGGAAAAAUAUGGUGUUGAUAUUAGUGAUGUUCAUCACUGGGAUUGCGUAGAUUUUCCAACUUCUUCUGUUAUUGUGAAUAAACAAAAUGGUUCAAGGACAAUAAUGCAUUUUAGAGGAGAUCUUCCAGAAUUAAAUGUUGAAGCUUUCCAAAAUUUGGAUCUGGGAGAUCAUGCAUGGUUUCACUUUGAGGGUCGACCCAACAUUGAUGUCAUUAUUUCUGCCAUGAAUAUGAUUGUUGAUUACAAUGAAAGCAGAUCUGAAACUGAGAAAAUUAGUAUGUCUGUUGAAUUAGAAAAACCCCACGUGACUAAUUUGUUUAGCAUCGCAAAGCUGGCUGAUUUGGUUUUUGUUAGUACUGAUUAUGCUAAAUUCUUGGGUUACACCUCCGCCAUAGAAUGUGUUGAAGGAAUAAAGAAUAUGGUUUCAAACAGGGCAGAAAUUGUGUGUACAUGGGGAAGUUCUGGUGCAGCAUUUGGAAUAAAUACAGUUGGGGAUGUUUCUACUAUGGUACCUGCCAUUCCACCCGAUAGAGUUGUUGACACAAUCGGAGCUGGUGAUUCUUUUAUUGCAGGAGUGAUCCAUGCAAGAUCACAAGGGCAUCCCUUGGAUAAGAGUGUUCAAUUUGGAUGCAGAGUAGCGGAAAAGAAAAUAUCAAAUUGUGGUUUUGAUCAUAUGAAGGGAUUCAAACCUCCCAUUUGAAAACAAUUAGCGAUUAUUGUUUGUGAAAAAGAUUUUAGGCCAGAAACUCAGCAGAAAGGCGUAGUAGCUUUUGAUAUUCCAUACGGUACCAUUCACAUAGAGGUAUCUCUCACAUAGAAAUCACAAUUGCAACAGCAACAAAAUACUUUAAUUUCAGGGGUUUCUGGUGUUUACUCGCACAGAUUACAAAAACCCAAGACCUCUUGAAGUAUGUGUACCAGGUUAGGGUUCAGGUUGUGCGCCAUCUUUUUGCACAUACUUCGAGAGCGCCAAAACCCAAAGUAACCAGAUGAUGCAGGUGGCUGGUGAUCACAUUGUUGAUAAAUAGGAUAGAAAUUUCGUAUUUGUCCAGAAGCAAAGAUGACUUAGUCAUACCACAAGCCAUGAUGUCUUGUUCGUUUGUCUUUCGAUGACGGAUAUGGGAAUACUGAACCAAUUAUUCGCUUUACAUGAGUGCGCUUGAUGUUGAAGGAAACCAUAACUGGCCAAUGGUUUUUGCUGAAGUGCUGGUUGUUUUUAUAUGUCAUGUACUGGUAUGUAUGUUCUCAAAUUUCUAACCAAUGCUUCUGGCACUAAUUGCUGUUCUAUGCCGUAUGUUUUAUUGUCCUCUAAUUUUAAAAUGUCAUUUUUGUGGCUUAAUUUGUCAGUUUGCGUCAUGAUUACUAUUGCUACUACUUCAAUUACUAUGAAAUAUAUUAAUUAAUGCAAAUCCUAAAUUAUAGAUAAUAUUUAACGAUUUCGGGCCCAUCUUUUAGUUAUUGUCACUUAUAUAACCCUAUUGAAAAUCGCGCAAUGACAUCAACAGUGCGUUGUUCUUUUAGAACAUGCUAUAGAUCAGGCAUGCACAACUCAAAAAAAAGAGGGCCACAACAACCAAAAAUAAUUGUUCACAGGCCAUACACGCCAUUGGUUCGGAAUCUUGCGUAUAAACAAUGCAAGAUCUGGACAAAUCGACGUGAGAUCAAAACUUUUCUCCACUCAAUUGAGAAUAAUUAUCGGAGUUGACAAUUUUAAAUAUUUCGUUAUACGUUUAGAGAGUACAGAUCGCUGCUUGUUUCUCUUAAUGUUUAAUACGAAAAAAGGUUUGCUUGCAUGCAUACAAGCGCCAAGUUGAACAUUUGCAUGCUGAUACCAUUACAUGGGUUUUUUGAAGUUUUCGUUCUGUAUUGUGGAACUAACACCACUUUUUGCUGUGCAGGCCGAAGUAUUCGUCAAAUUCCAAAUGCAAAUAAUUAUUUAUUUGUCUAUUUUA